GUAUCGCUUAGCCAACAACAACCUUGUUUCAGCCGCAGCAUUCGAACUUUUCAGAAGCUCCGGCACAUAUUCUCAUUAUAGAACCAUCACCAAGAGAUAGCCAAUUGAUCUGGCCCACCCAGGCGCAGUCACGAGACUUUGCUUACCUCAACCUCAACACUUUGUCUCCAGCAAUUUAUCCCCGAGACCCCUGAGACUCUGGCUCCAAUGGCUGGCAUAUCUCGAACCAAUUCGGCCAACGCCUUCAUGGAGGGCUUCUCGGUCUGCCAGGCCAACCUUGGCGAGGCCCUCACCUGGCUCCCUGCCAUGGGCACUCCUGAGCUCGACGACAUGAUCAACGCCUUCAUCCCGGGCCCUGCAUCCAUCAAGGACAAGCGUGCCCACAUCUCCAUGGACUUCCUCAGCUACUCGCAGCGCACCGGGUUCAACUUCAAGUUCUACCCCGUCCCCUCGACCUCCUUUACCUCCGCCAGCAUCGCUUCUUCAGCCAGCUCUUCGCAGUUCGUUGACUCUGGCUACGCAUCUAGCUUCAACGUCUCCCCAGUCAUUUCCGACUCGAGCGCAUGGACCCAGUCCCCGGCCUCUUUCACUUCCCCAGCCGCCUUUGACGACGCUACCAGGAUAGCAAAGGCCCGCUCUUCGACCUCCACCACCAAGAAGUCAACUUCUCCUAGUGGUCGACAGCACGUCGUCGACUUUGCCAACCACCCCGGCAUGCGGAUCAUGACCAAGGAUGGCCGAGAUGUUACCAACUCAGCCUCCCGGGGAUGCAAGACCAAGGAGCAGAGGGACCAUGCUCACCUCAUGCGCAUCAUCAAGGCCUGUGAUGCGUGCCGGAAGAGGAAGGUCCGUUGUGAUCCCAGCCACAAAAAGCGGGCUGCCUCGCACACAUCUCCCGCUGCGACCGAGUCGAAGCCCACCAAGAAGCAAAGGAAAGAGACAGCGGAAGCACCGCCGCCUGCUCCAGUUGUUGUUGAGACCACUCCCGAGUUGCUCGUCGUCAACCACUUGGAGAACUUCGAUGCUGCCACAUUCGUCAUGCCCUCUGUUGAAGGAAUCGAGACGGUCGAUGAUAACUUCUGGAACCGGUACCUCAACUUCGACCAGGAUGUCUUCCCCGACUUUACUCCUGGCGCCUUUGAUCAGUUCACUCCUUCCCAGGAGCUCUUCUACCAGAGCACCAGCUCCUCAUCGGCCGCCUCUCCGUCGCAGGUAUUCACUCCAGAGACCCCGGUACACACUCGCCCUUCACCGGCAAUUGCCAUCGAACCGGUGGUUGCGACGGCCGCUCCGGCUCUGCCCUACCUAAACCCGGGCGUUCCGCAUGGUACCGAGUUUGUUGACUUCAAUCUCUACUCACCACCUGCCGACUUCUCUCUCGACGAGGAGCUCCUCGGCCUUGGCCAGCAACAGUCCAAUGCACCUUUCGACUUUGGAUACGCCGAUCAGCAAUACUUUGGCGAUGCCAGCGUCGUUGCCCACAGGACUGAGUCACGAUCCAGUUCAUCUUCACCAUCCGUAUCCGGAGUGAUACCAAGUCACCAACGACGGCCACUUGAGGUAUACGGCGGACUCCCUGGAAGUGAAGACCUACCGCCCUCGAGCAACGUAUCGCCAGCUGUACAAACCCCCGGUCAACUGACUGUGGAACAACAACAAGAACAACAGCGCUAUCACCAACAUGCAUCAGGUAAUGAGAGCAGGGUAAUCCCACAAAGUUCUGAUCAGCAAUCUGUAACAAUUGGCUCAGGAACGCUACGUAUUCCAGCUUCUCCUGUCUCCAACGUUACGAGCGACACGUUGACGGCGCUGAAUGUUCGACAUGCACCUCAUAACAUCGACAGAUCUGUGAUGAACGUCGGCCGAACGGAUCUACACCGGCGUUCACCGAUUGCAUUGCAGUUUGUGAAUGCCGGUGAAUCGGUGAACGCCGGUGCCACUACCCAACACGCAUCGCCUGCUGAACAACAAUCUCGCGCCGCGACGGUGGAGACGUCUGCAAGGUUGAAGUCACCAGUCAACUACAAGAGCUCUGUCCAUCAAGGACAGAAGCAAGGAUUUGCUGGUCUCCCGGUAGACCUCUCGACAACAUCCCGAGAUGUCAGCAGCGGCAUUUGCCACAGUUCUGCCUCCAACUCGACCCGCUUGGGGACAACAACGACGGCCUCGUCACAGUCUUCCACAACCACCACCAUCUUGCCAGGCCGACGAGAAAGCGGCGACGGAGAAGGAUUCACAAAGAUUGGAGCAAAGCUUUCCAGCUACACUACCUCCGCAUCAUCUUCCUCUCAAUCCUCCUUCUUCCCGCUAGUCGUGCUUGGUCUCGUCUCUUGUCUCGUGGUAACUGCUUUGCGGACAUGCUGCAGCCACAUCAACGACAACUGGGGCGGUCAUUUCGACCCCCUUAACACUCUGUUCAUUGCGAGCAUGUCCUUGUUCUCACUUUGGUUACAAUCAUCAUUCCGAUGGCCAGUCGAUCCCGACACCCACACCACAAGUCAUGCCUCAGUCCAAGGACUCUUCGGCUCCUCAGUUUCCCGACAAGCCAAAGCGCUUGUUGCGGGUAAUUCGUCCUUUGUCCGGAUGGUGUCUAGAUCACGAUCGAUCAUGAUCUAAAUCACCUCGGCUAAGGCUGGAGUUGGAGAAAAAGACUGGUGUGAUCCCAUCUGAUUUGAUUGUUGACAAUUGUCGGGUUCCUUUCAUGGCAUGCAAAGCAUAUGAUUCAGUUUGUUUUUCAGUUGUCUAGCGGUGUGCAGCGUUUGCGAAUUUACCACGAUACCCCAG